AAUAUCUCGCACAAAACAUUGAGCGGAAUGAACACUCAUUAUUUGGGAAAACCGCAGCCGAUGCAAUUUGGGAUACGGCGUAGACAAUUACUAAACCAUGGCAUUUUCCUUGAUGAAGCGUACUGGGAGCGGAAGCUUCCUGUACAUUACAGUGAAAUCCUUGCCAGGGCCGUCUCCCCAGUGUCCAAUUUUCGAAAGAGAAUGCUCUACUACAGGCUUUGCUGGUCAAUUCUUAUAGACGGUGGAACACAGAGGAUUUGGAUCGAUAGAUCUACCGACAAAAUAUGUCUCAUGGUUUCUGCUAAAGCUUUAGACAUCACAUUCGGUUUGGAUAGUCGCUAUUGGGAAUGGGUUUCAAAGGAGAGCUCCAGAUUCGACCACGCUGCGGAGCUAAAAAGCGUUGAAUGCUUCCAAGUGUGGCAACGGAUCGACUGCGCGCUCCUCACUCCUGAAACGGAGUACAGCGUGCGGUUUGUUUUAAGGAUUGAUAAACAGAAGAUGUCCGAAUGUCCAUCACAAUUCACAUUUUCGCUUAUAGCUGAUGGAAAGUCGACUGAAUCGGCUAUAUGUUUAGAUGAUUUCACUAAAGUAGUCGAUGUACCUAAGAAGACGGAUUUUAUAAUUCAGAGAAAUGGGUGGACAGAAUUCGUCGCGGGCGAAUUUGUUUCAAAAAAACAUGGUGAAAGCUGCGAGAUUGAAGUCUGUAUGAAAAAUACAGACAGUUACCCUAAGAGUGGCAUAGUCAUAGAUGGAGUAAAGAUUGAACCUAAGUAGUGACUAUCAAUUGCCUCACCUUAUAGGUUAGAAAUGUAGAAAGUCGCCAGGAGGCGUACGUAUUUCGUUAUGUUGCUCAGCUUUCAGUUUUGGCAUUGAUUGUUUAUAUGUUGAAAAGACAUUUUCUAUUGGCACUCAUUAUAUAGUUUAUAGUUUAACAAUGUAUACAGUCGCCUUGAGGUGUAUGUAUUUCAUUAUGUUGCUCAGCUUUGAUUUUUGGCA